UAAGUGGAAUAGGCGGUACUGAGCUGGUUUCGUGAUGGUCCAGGUUGGAAGUCGAGCCCGACCCCUCUUGACUCACUGGAAGAAGACGACCCGGACCCGUCGACGGGCUUGAGCGCGGAGUAUUUGUGCCAUUUUGGGCUCUCCUGGGAUCCGACGGCUUGCAUCGGAGGGGUACGCUGCGGCGGAUAAGGGUAAGAUGGCUGGGGCGGGAAGUUAGGUGUGGUUUGUCUGCUGCUUGAACCGGAGGAACCGUAGGUCAGCGGAGGAGUUUGCGUGUAAGAAGAGAAGCCACCGCUGCGGGGGUUGUCCAGGGCGACUGUGUCUGGCCUGCCGAAGGGGCGAGGGGUGUCUUCUGAUGGGUGGUGAUAAGGCUGGCCGGGGAUAGUAGGCCCGCGUGAGGGAAGUGUGCUGCGCGUUUGGACUGGGAUUUGAGAGGGAGAGCUGGGGACACCGGGCUGUACUGGAAGACUUGAGAGCCGUUGUUGAUGACCCAGGUGAGGCGGUCGUCCUUUUACCAGCGACGGCCGCGGCGGGCUAGGCAGGGACCGUGCCUGGAAAUCGAAGUUGGGAGCUCGGGGUGGGUGAUCGGUGUACGGUAAAGGCGGCUGUAUUGGGGGUAAGUCUUGUUGGACGAACGUAGACACCUGCUGGUCGAUGUAGUGUCCUUGCACAGGUCGCUGCUGCGGACUUCCUAGGGUGUUAGGACCUGCCGGAGAAAUAGACGCCCGUGGUGGAAGUGUAUUCCUCGGAGGUAAAGGAACUGACAGUCCUCUAUCCUGCCCUGGCUGUAGUCUCUGGGAUGCCGGAGGAUCUCCAGCCCCGGGCAAAGGCACAGUUUCUGGAACUGGGCUGCCGUGUACUGACUGGCGGCCGUCUGAGUCGCGACGCGGCUGCCUACGAAUGGAGGGGAGGAUGUUUGACCGGGGAAGGCCGGUCUGCGAGCGUGCAGUAUGGAAAGCCUCAUGAAGGCUCAUAUCGAACUUAUAGCGUCUCUCAAGAUCCUCGAUCUUCAAAACGAUCGAAUCGUCCGACCGACCCUUAUGCCUCUUCCCCUGUAUAUACCUGCUGAGCGCGUUCGUAGCCUGGUUCGUGUCCUCCCCGCACCGGGCGAGAACGGCGACGACCUCAAGCU